AUGAACACAGAAAAUCAGAAAAAAAUAGCCGCAGAAAAGGCGACAGAAAGCAUCCGAUCGGGCAUGGUUGUUGGAUUAGGGACGGGUUCUACAGUUUACUACGCGCUCUUGAAACUUGGUGCGAUGGUGCGGGAAGGGCUCGAUAUUGUUGGUAUCCCUACCUCCGCAGGCACCGAGAAAAUCGCCAUAGCAGAACAGAUACCCCUCGCGACACUCGCUACGCACCCUACCCUUGAUUUGACGAUUGACGGUGCCGAUGAGGUUGACAAAGACCUCAACCUCAUCAAAGGUGGCGGUGCAGCACUCGUCAGAGAAAAGAUUAUCGCCAACACAUCUAAAAAGAUAUUGAUUGUUGUUGAUGAAAGCAAGGUAUCACGUGUCCUCGGCACGACAUUCCCACUCCCAGUGGAAAUUGUGCGGUUCGGAUGGGAGGCAACCCAAACCGAAGUCAAUCGGAUUUGUGGGGAAUCAACAUUACGCCUCGCACCUGCUCAGGAUGGAAAUCAACAUCCACUGAUUACUGAUAAUGGCAACUAUAUCCUUGAUUGCCACUUUGACGGCAUUCCCGCCCCGAAAGAGAUUGAGUUGCGAUUGAACAAUAUUCCCGGUGUCGUGGAGAAUGGAAUUUUUGUCAAUCGUGCCGACAAGAUUAUUAUCGGCACGUCCUCCGGUAUCCGGUACAUGGGGUAA